AUGGAUUUUAGAUUGAGAUCAAAGGCUAUAUGUGCAAUUGAGGACGCUCUCAAAUCGUCAGAUAAUCUAGCAAGAGUUCAGCCAUAUUUAGACUCAUUAUUAAGGACUCUUUUAACAUCAGAAAGACAUCCGGAUGUUUUAGAAGAUCAAAGAAGAGUAUUGUCUAAUUUAAUAUCAAGGUUACCCCUCGAAAACCUUGAAGAUCGUGUAACACAAAUUGUCACAGGUUUAUGCCGCUUAGGUGGUGCUGGAUCAAAUUUAGUGGCAAAGACUUUAAUGCAACGUCUUCCAACUGCAGCAAUUGUAUUGAAAUUACUAUCAGAUGAAUUUUUACAUGCAAGAAGUUCAAAGUUUAGAGAAAAUUCCCUUCAAAUGGUUAUAUUUGCACUUGUGACAUUUCCUAGUACAUACUUUGACAUUAACAAUUGCGUUGAGCGUACUACGAAAGCAGCCUUAGAUCGCAAGAAACGUGUAAGACAAGCGGCAUUGGAUGUCCUUGCUGUUUUAGGACAAAUAAGUUCACCACGUACUGUGAUUAAUGUCGUGUCUCAGGUAGCUGACAGUAGAGUUGAUGGAUUGCCUUUACUAGCGGCAGUUAAAGCAAGAUUGGCUAGAAAACAAUUACCAUUAAUAAGUGCAGAUGGAGAUGUGGUAUAUGCAUUAAGGAUUCCAUCAGCAACAAAUACUGGUGGCACAAUUAUGUUUGGUUCAGACGUUGAAUGGAUUUGUAGUGGUUCUGGAUCAGUUUCUCCUACAUCGGUAAAAAACCGAUCCAUCAAAUUACAAUCGAAUGGACUUCAUGGUCAUCAGGAACUAUUGGGGAGAGGAGGAUUUGAAGAUCGAAGGAUUGUUGAUGGUUUAAAUCGAUAUGCAGUUGGAGGAGCAAAUAAUUCUACAAAAUCCAGUCCAUGGUCAAGAAUUCCUGUUCGAGGAGGUGGAUCUAGCUCUGACGACGACCAUGGUUAUGUAGCAGGAACUGCUUUUCAAGGCAUUCAAAAACCUCUUGAAUCUACAGGUCGUUUUCAUGGUAAACUACAUUCAAGGUCAUUUCCAGAGCUUUCUGAAAAACAGCCAAUUCGUCAGUUGUCAGAUAAUGCUCAGCCUACAGUUACUGUCAAAAUGGGACAAAACAAUAAACAACCAGUUGCUUCUACCAAACUUCCAAAUGUGGAAACAAGUUCUAGAAGUACUACAAACAACAACAAAAACCCUUACAGUUUUGCACCUAAUUUUAAAACGAAGAAGCACUCUCAUACUUCUGACGGAAUAUAUGUCGAUACUAACGGAUCUCCUCAAACUGAGAUAAGCCAUGUAGAUCAUCGACCAAGAACCCAUCCUUCAACUUUUAAUGAACCUUCUUCAUCUUCUUCUUCGCCGGUAAGAAAACAGAAACUGAAACGUUCUGACAAUAUUGAAAGCCCACGCAAAAGUAGUGCAAAACCUAAUGGAAAUGAAUUGACGAUACAACCAAUAACAUUAGCUAUAGGCUUGGUCGAAAGUGAUGAUGCGACCAGCGAACAAAAUGUUAUUAAGACUCAACCCAGUGCUAAAUCUAAAAAGUCAGAUGAUAUUAUUAAUAACAAAGAUUUGGUAGAUAAUUAUGUAGAAGAACAAGUAAGAAGGACAAGUGGAAAGACAAACAGUCACAUUUUGUCGGAUGUUGAAAACUCACCUUUGCAUUUAUCAAAAGGUUCUACCUCAUCUGUUAUUGAAAAUGUACGCAAUGAAAUAGCACAAAUACAAUCUGCCAUUCAAGGAGUUAAAAAAGAAAUGGAAGAAAUGCAAAAAACGAAAUCAAUAGCAAAUACACCGUCACACAAAAAUUCUACGCGACCAGCAUCGGCAAAUUCAAAUAAGACAUUUAUUUAUGAGCCAGGCGAAGCUGAGGUUGAUGGAGGUUAUGAACGUCACAUAAUCAAACCAGGACAAACACUUGAAAUAAAUGCAUCACCACAAAAAGCUCGUCCAGCAACUGCAAAAUCUGUUUUAAAACCAGAAAGUCCUUUCCAACGAAUCGUAACGCCUACACCAGAUGAUGUAAUUACAGAUGAUCAAUUGUCUAGCUCGCCUUAUGAUCCAAUCAUUGAAAUGCCGAUGGAAAUUCACGAGGAAGAAACAGAGGAAAUUUCAGAAAAUAUUCCUACAGAAAUUGAGGAAGAUGAAAGAAGCAUAAUUGACCCAAUGGUCAUGAUUCGUUCUGAUUCAACUAUGACGAUUAGUCGAGAAAAUAUCAACGAGGAAUACGAGGUUGAGGAGGAAGAAACUGCAGCUGAGCAGGAUAGUGAAUAUGCAGAAGUAACUCCAUCACCAUUACCACGUGAAGUUUUUAUAAAAUCACAUAGGACUCCAAUCAAAGCGAACCGUCCUGCUGUGUUAAAACGAAGUCAUAAAUCUACACCAGUAAAAAAUCCAAUGCCGAAUUUAAAUCAAAUGCCAUCGGUCGUUAUUAGGGCACCAAAAUCAAAUGCACUAUUCCCACCAUCAUUAAGAAGAUUUGAUAGACCGAAAGACGCAAUGAACACAACAAUGCAUCAAUUAGAGAGCUCAAAUUGGGAGGAUGUAAUGGAAGGAUUAAAGAAUUUUGUUCGACUUAUAAGACACCAUCCAGAAUAUGUCGAUUCACAAAUUCACUUGUUUACGCUUGCAAUUGGAAAGCAAGUAAAAAAUCUAAGAUCUCAAGUGUCACGUGCAGGUUGUUCAGCUGCUGGAGAAUUUUUUAUAACACAUGCAAAAGUUUUGGAUGCUGAUGCUGAGGAAUUAGCUGCGUCCCUUUUAAAUCGUACUGCCGACACUAACAAAUUCUUAAGAGCUGAUGCAACAAGAGCUCUCGAAUCUAUGUGUGAUGCAUUACACCCCAGUAAAUGCAUAUUAAUAUUAUCAUAUCGUGGAGCGUCACAUCAAAAUGCUGCUGUUCGAUGCACAACUGCAAAAUUAUUGAAUGAACUCGUAUUCCGGAUUGGCUGUGAUAAAGUAUUUAAUAUGCAUAAAGAAAUACGUGAUCGAUUAAUAUUGACAGGAGCAAAUUUGUUAAUGGAAGGAAGUUUAGAAACGAGGAAUCAUACCAAAGAACUCUUCAAGCAGCUUUCGAUACACUCUCAAUAUCAAAAACUAUUACUAGAUAUCAUACCGUCAAAUGUUUAUAGAAACAUUGAAAAAGCAUUAAAAAGUAUAAGAUAAGCUUUUAAACUAUUUUAGGAGUUAGAUAUUAGUUCAGUAGAGACGGCAUUGGUUUUAUGAGAU